AUUGUUAUAUCGGUCUUGUAAGUUGUAUGUUGGGAUCGGUGGUGGUCGCGCCUCUCUCUGACUCUCUCUCUCUGGCGGGUGGCCAUGGAUGCAUUUCUCUCCUGCCAACACCCCACCUUUCUGUUUUGCCUCCUUUCUCAAAACCCCUAAAUUGCUGCUUAGCUGCCUUCAUCCCGAUUGCCUUUGCUUUGCGGUCCCUCCCCUCUCCUCUCCUCUCCUCUCCUCUCCUCUUUGCCGCCGGAUUCGCCAGGAAGCUCUCAAUUAACAUACAUUGUGGAAAUAUCAUCAGUCAGCAUGAUAAAUUCCAUUUGAUAUCAUGCAAAGUUCUCAGCAAUGCAGUUAGAACAACAUGACUGACAAUUCUUCAGAAACAGACCCCAUUUUAUCUCAGCCUUCUACAGCAGAGAGACUAGAGGAAUCUUCUGCCUCAGUUGAAAUAAAUCUGGGUUUGGAUUCAUCUGGAACUGCAUCUGAUCCAUCUGUUAGAGAAAUUGACGAGGAAGUUCCCCUAGUAUGUGCAGACCAACCACAAUGCCGCAUAUGCUUUGACAGUGAAGGAGAAGAUUUAAUUGCACCGUGCCAUUGCAAAGGAACCCAGAAGUAUGUCCAUAGGUCGUGUCUUGAUUAUUGGAGGUCAACAAAGGAGGGAUUUGCUUUUGCUCAUUGUACAGAAUGUCGGGCAAAGUUCAUUUUGCGUGCAAAUGUUCCUCCUGAUCGUUGGUGGUUGAGACUAAAGUUCCAAUUUCUUGUUGCAAGGGACCAUGCGGUCAUUUUUGUUGUUGUCCAGCUGAUAGUUGCAUCUCUAGGGGUGCUGGUGUACAAGUUUUAUGGAGAAGAACUGCGAGAGAUGUUUGGUUAUGAAGAACACCCAUAUGGAUUUUAUACUAUGGCAGUUUUGGCAAUUGUGUUGGUGGGUUUGCUCUAUGGCUUCUUCAUUGCAAUAAUCUGUGGACAGAGGAUCAACGAGCGCCACUAUCAUGUUCUUGCUAAGCAAGAACUAACGAAGGAAUAUGUGGUGGAAGACCGAGAAGCCAACAAGGAUGUAGCAGCGGCGGUUGCAGAACUUGAUCCUAGCCACGUGGCUGAGCUCAGGAUGUUGGGGCUCUACUGACAUCUAUCUAUCUAUCUAUCUAUCUGCAGAGCAGCCAGAGCGGGGGGGGGGGAGGGGGGAGGAGAGGACUCCAUCCCAUGUGUUUUUUCAAGAGUCAAUUUGGAACAACAUAAUCUAUCUAUCCCAAACCUGCUGCUGUCAAUCAGGUUCAUCUUUAGUACUUCCUCCGGUGGCUUCAUGGGUGGGGUAAGGUUAUAACCAAAGGUUACCCUUCUCCUCUCCUCUCCUCUCCUCUCCUCUCAUAAAAAUGUAAAAAUUCAUUCUCCAUCGUCUCACAUUUUGCACUAGAGAUAGAGAUAGAGAGUUCAAUCUAGGCCAUGGUUUCCUGUUUUUUUCUCACAGACAAGCAUGCUACAACUCUCUCGGCUGUAGCGGCACGCACGCCACCUCUGGAUGCCUGUCUGUCUUUCCGCGGAUGGAAUGGAGGACAGUCAUGUCAAGAUAG